UAUACUUGUUUGCACCUGAACUCAUCGUGGUUCACGUGUGCCUGGUCAACUAUAUAUAAAUAUAUAUAUAUGUAUAUAUCCCACCUUUUGCCUCAAAUUUGAAACCUGUACGUACGUACACACAAAACACAACAACUCUCAAGUCUCUACAUAUCAUCACUUUCUUUUUCUCUGUCUUGUAUUCCCCAACUCCAUCUUUUUUCCCCCAAAAUAUUCUUUUCUGGACUUUGCUGGUCCAAUCUAGCUUCUGCCAUAGAAACAAAUUAACUUAACUAAAACACAUUUAAAAUCCGAGAGGAUAUGGGCUGCAGGGAUGGUAAUGAGAUUACUAAAGUGCAUACUUCUCUCAAAGAUAUUAAUCUUCAAGUCAUUACGUCGUCUACUUUCAGUCCCAAAAACACUACUUAUUGCACCAGCCUCCCCAACUCUUAUUACCACACUACUACUUCUACUCCGUUAAUUAAUCACUAUCCAGAUUAUAGUAGUAUUACUACUACUGAUAUCAAGUACAAGCUGGGUCCUCACCACCACCACCAGCAUCAUCAUCAUCAGAAUAAUAUUACACUACGUAGUCAAGUAGGGGUACCAAUGCAAAGUUCACGGUGGACGCCGACGCCGGAGCAGUUGCUUGUGCUGGAAGAAUUGUACCAGCACGGAAAGCGAACCCCGACGGCCCAGCAGAUCCAAGAGAUCACUACUAUGCUCCGCCGCUUUGGAAAAAUCGAAGGCAAAAAUGUGUUCUAUUGGUUUCAAAAUCACAAGGCUCGGGACAAAAGGAAACGACGCAAAUUGUUGGAGGCUGCUGCUCGUUCCCAUAAACACUUACUUGCUACUCCACCAGAAUUGUCUUCAGGAUCGAGAGUGACUGGUCUUGGAGUUGAGCAGACAAAACAGGAAUCCUUCCCAUACAUCACCAGAAUUUCAGAGGAGUUUGCUUCAGUUCCUAGAGUAGCUAUUGAAGAGGGCUGUUCAAAUACGUUGGCUCAACUUGAAGAGAAAGAGUUGGGCCUCAUAAUAAAGAGCAACAACAACAACAGUGAAGAAAGUUAUGCCACGUGGAACCCUAUGGAAGUGUCCUACUCUUUCCCUGAUAAUUUUGUCCUCAAUUGGGCCAGCCCCACAGUGACAUCCUUCACAUUAGAAGGAAAACCCUUGGACAAAACACAACAAGAGUCUAACUUUUCUUUAACAUCCAACAACAGAGCAAAUGAGGAGGAUGGGAUAAAAGAAAGUAUUGAAACUCUUGAGCUCUUUCCUCUUAGGAGUGACAAUGUUAAGGGUUCUCCUUGCACUGAGCACACUAAGAUUACUUCAUACAGAGGAGAAGACUCAGACUUCAAUGAAGAGCUUUCUUUGAGUUUCAUCUCAUCCUUUAAUGAAUUCAGUAAAGAAGUUGGCCAUGUUGUAGUUAGGCCUUAAAAGGUUGGUGGUGACUGGUGAUGUUAAGAAGACUCUUUCUUUUGGGAUUGGCUUUUCGUGUUUUAUUCUAAAUCAUGCAUGAAAUAUGUACCAACUACACCACAACCACACCAACAAAUGGAAUGAACUGAACUAAAUAUAUGUAAUAAUGAUUAUAGGACCCUUUGUUUUUUCCUUUCCCUGUUUUCCCUUUAAUAAGGUAAUGAAAGUGAGCGAGAUGACUUUAGCAAGUGAUUACUUGGUUUUAAA